UUCAUCCAUCGUCAUAUGACGUAUGACGCAUUAAAAGAAUUGAUUCAAUUGAUUCGCGUAUUAUUAUUGCGCUAGGCGUAUCCGGCGCUUAGUAUUUAAGUGUAAAUCGUCAUCAAACGUUGUGUAACCUUCAUAAAAUCAGUUUUUGGAGUGAUCGCCGCGAAAAACUAGCAAGAAAAAAUGGCUGCCCCCCCGAUUUACAACCCUGUCAUACCAUGCGUGCACCCCAUCCCCGCCGGCAUGUACCCUGGCCGCAUGAUCAGGGUGCAGGGCAGCAUACCUCCAGGUGCUCAGAGAUUCGCCAUCAACUUCCAGUGCGGUCCCAACACGGACCCUCGAGACGACAUCGCUUUGCACUUGAACUUUAGAUUCGUGGAGAUGGUGGUGGUACGAAACCACCUCACCGCCAUGAACUGGGGAGUGGAGGACACGAAUGGAGGAAUGCCCCUACAUAGGGGGGAGUCUUUUGAGGCUCUGAUUCUGUGUGAACCUAUGUCUAUGAAGGUAGCUCUGAACGGCAUGCAUUUCUGCGAGUUCCCUCACCGCAUUCCGUUCCAACGCAUCUCGCACUUAACUGUGGAUGGUGACGUGAUGAUACAACUCAUCGGCUUCGAGGGUGCUCAGCCGCCGCAGCAGAUGUACAUGUCGGAGCCCCCCGCGUACGGCGCGUACGGCGCCCCCCCCGCGUACGGGGCGCCCGGCUACGGCGGCGCACCACAAGCCCCGCCGGCCUACGGGUCCCCAACGGCAGUGCCAUACGGCCCUCAAGGCCCAAUGAUGGCAGGCCAACAAGUGAUGCAGGCCCAGCCCAUGUUACAAGGCCAACAGCGACGGGGGAUGGGGACCGGUGCUGCAGUCGGUAUGGGAGCCGCGGCCCUCGCUGCUGGGGGCUUAGCUGGUUACGCCAUGGGAGGAGGAUUCCAAGGUGGAUCUAGUAACGUGGAGGAAGUAUCCACCUUCUCCGAGUCAGUGGACUUCGGGGGCGACGAUUGGAUGGACUGAAGGCACUUGAAGUGCGCACUGGCACUAGUCGGUACCAUCCUAGUGUUAGUUACCGACCUGGUACUUAUUAUAAUGCUGCACGUGUUCGGGAGAUUGAGUGAGGGUAGUAAGAUGUAAGUUGAGAUAUUAUUAGAUUUUUUUUAGCCGACUCCUAAGAAAGGUAUUAUUUUUGGCAGAUUUUCUUUUUGUCAGAAAAAUCGCACUAAAGCUGUUGAUUUGCAUCCGUGCAAUAUUCAAGGACGUAUUUACGCUAAUGAUUUUCAACCGUAAUCCACAAAAAAAAUGUGUUUUUUUUUUCGGAAAUCCGUCUAUAUCUCCUGGCCGUAUUUAAACUCGGCGCGUGUGUUACUGGCCUUAAAACCGUGCUGCGCCCUCACACAAACGCAAACACAAAGCAUACGCAACAAUCAUCAUAAAAUUGAGUUGCUUACUUCUGAAAUACUUACUACGACAUUACAAUGACAAAAAAAGCAGCGCAUAUUAUCUAUUUCCCGUCUACUGUACUGUGUUUAUGUCAACCUCCUGAAAUAUUGCACAGAUGGAAAUCAAUACUUUGUAUUAUAAAGGUGACAGUUUGAGCGCGUGUAUAUUUGUAAUGUCUAAAGUACUACUUUUGCCUAACUAUGUAAUUGAUAAAAUAAAUAAAUGUAUGUAUGUGUAAAAAAUCAGUAUUGAUAAAUCAGUAUUUCGAUUGAGACCAAAAUUAUAACGAAAAUUGUGUAGGUACAUAUUUUUGGAUAAAAUUAACAAUUUUUGACAAAUUAUAAAUAAAAUUUACUGAAAAUCUGAAUUGCGUGAUGUAAAUGGAGAGAAAAUUCCCAGAUAGCGCUAAUAGCACUAGGGGAUUUUUCGCCCGGUUUUGCGGAAAUCCGCUCGUUUGAAAGCGAUGUUAGCGUUUUCCAACGAAUUCCCUGUCAAUUCACUUUGUGCAAUUCUUCAAAAUUAAUGUACAUAUUUAUAUAAAUAGUUGUUAUUAUAUUGUAAAAAUAUAUUGUCCCAAACUCAGUCGCCCAAAGACAUAUGUCAUAGACAAGUACUAUCAAUGACAAUGAUAUAACUUCGAAAAUACAUUAAAAAUCUAAGUUCGGUAACUCGCAACCUUGUAUAAUACUACUACAAAUAAAAAUUAUUGUUAAAAUUUAUCAAGCACUCGAUAUUAGGAAAGAUCUUUUAUUAAUAAAUAAAAAAUGAAUGUUGCCUUAAGUAGAUCAGUAAAAAACAACCACUUGUUAUUAUAAAUAAGUUUAUAUUAAGAUCAUCAGGCUAUUUAUAAUUUUAGACAGCUUUCUGCCUACAGUUUAGCCUAGCCUUUGCCCAACUAUGUUGGGGUCGGCUUCCAGUCUAACCGGAUGCAGCUGAGUACCAGUGUGUCACAAGGAGCGACUGCCUAUCUGACCUCCUCAACCCAGUUAUUAGCAACCCGAUACUCCUUGGUAAGACUGGUUGUCAGAUUUACUGGCUUCUGACUACCCGUAACGACUGCCAAAAAUGUUCAAAUGACAGUCGAUCCUUUAUAAGGUACAUUUCUGUCUACGCAAAAUGUAAAAUUUUCUAAAAUUGUAAAAAAGAUUGUCUGUAUAAAUAUUAUAUAAAAAUGUUAAAGAUAUUGAAAAAUAUAUAAAUUAUGUUAAAUCGAUAUUAAUAUUUUGUAUGAAAAUAAUACAUUAUACGAAGGUAUUGGAAAAUUUAUACAAAGUGGAUACGAUAUAUUAUAAAUAUCAUAAUCACCUAAGUAGCUAUAUUGUAUAUAGCCGUUUUCCCGCGGUUUCACCCGCGUCCCGUGGGAACUACUGCGCUUACCGGGAUAAAAUAUAGCCUAUGUUACUCGGGAAGAGUGUAGCGAACCAACAGUGAAAGAAUUUUUCUAAUCGGUUUUAGCUUUUGAGUUUAUCCAUUACAAUGAGAAAUAAAAAUAUUUCCUUUAUGAUAUUAUUAUAGAUGAUCAAAUAUACAUAUUGUAUCCAUUUUGUAUAAUCCAGAUAUUAUUUUUUUGUUAUCUAUUUAAAAGGGUAUUUUAUUUGAACAAAUUAUGGUCCCGAAUAUAAUCUUGAAUGUUUCUAUUGUUAA